UAACACACCAAAAUUCCCCGUAUUUGUUGUUAUUUACGGGUUACGGCGUAAUAUGGCCGCCACAAAUUUUGUAAAUUGUUUAUUAAUAUUGUUAGUGGUACACAUUUGCACAGGUGAAGUCCUACACAGGCCUCAGCUUAAAGAAGACACCGACGAUGACGACGACGAAGUCAGCAACGAACACAGUGGCUUGUCUAAAAACCUGGAGACUUUUCAAAACCAAAAUGAGAUAACAGAUGGACAAGGAAUCAAACGAUACCAGUGCAGAACUUGUGAGCCCCCUAGUUGUUCAAAUCCCAUGGUGUGCACCGGUGCUAUUCAGUGUUGGAAGUCGCGCGUUCGGGAAAGUUCCGGUCAAGAGAGUGUGAUGAGGGGUUGUACGAAAAACACAGACCAACUUCCAUUAAUUUGCCAAACUCCGUCCUUUAGUGGGCAACAAAAACGUCAAGCUAGUGGGCAGUUUAAAGUGGAUUGUUGUACUGGGGAUUUUUGCAAUGAAGGGGAUUUUCCUGAACUACCUCCGUUAUAUACAAAAGAUGUGGCAGCGCAGUCAGAUUCAGUGGAUUAUGUCUUGAAAAUGAUAGCGGCUAUUUUAGGACCUGUUGUUGUGAUAGGAACAUUGGGAGCUGUCAUCCUCUACUUGAUGCGUCGCAUCCACCGCCGAAGACUCUGCAAUAAAAGCCGCCUAGACCCCGACACAUACUACGCCUCUGACGAUUUACUAAGAGCUACAGCAGCCGGAGACAGUACAUUAAGAGAAUAUCUAGAAAACUCUUUAACAUCAGGGAGUGGUUCUGGACUUCCAUUACUAAUUCAAAGGACUAUGGCUAAACAAAUCUCCUUAGCGGAGUGCAUAGGCAAGGGGCGGUACGGCGAAGUGUGGCGGGGUGUGUGGUUUGGGGAAAACGUGGCUGUGAAAAUAUUUUUCUCAAGAGAUGAAGCCAGCUGGAAUCGGGAAACUGAAAUUUAUAGUACAAUUUUAUUACGCCAUGAAAACAUACUGGGAUACAUUGGGUCGGAUAUGACGUCACGUAACUCGUGCACACAGUUGUGGCUUAUAACACACUAUCAUUCUCUGGGAAGUUUGUAUGAUCAUUUAAAUCGGACGACUUUAACUCAUCAACAAAUGUUAAGACUCUGCUUAUCCAUAGCGAAUGGUUUGGUGCAUUUACACACCGAGAUUUUCGGAACUGAAGGGAAACCAGCGAUAGCACAUCGCGACAUUAAAAGUAAAAAUAUCCUCGUCAAGAACAACGGUAUAGCUUGCAUCGCCGAUUUCGGAUUGGCGGUUACUCAUCAGCAAGCUACUGAUCAAUUAGAUAUAGGUUCAAACCCCAAAGUGGGAACGAAAAGGUACAUGGCGCCAGAAGUACUAGACGAAAUGAUACGAAUGGACUACUUCGAUUCGUUUCGCCGGGCCGAUAUUUACGCUUUAGGUCUAGUCCUUUGGGAGGUCUGUCGAAGGACGGUCAGUAAUGGCAUUGCUGAGGAUUACAAACCCCCAUUUUAUGACGUAGUGCCUAAUGAUCCCAGUUUUGAAGAUAUGAAGAAAGUGGUUUGUAUAGAUCAACAGCGGCCUAGUCUACUUAAUAGAUGGGCGAGUGAUCCAAUAUUAAGCGUGAUGGCCAAAUUGAUGAGGGAGUGCUGGCAUCAGAAUCCCAACGUGCGGUUACCAGCGUUACGAAUAAAGAAAACGAUAUUAAAACUGUGUAGUGGUGAUAACUUAAUUAAUUUAGAUGAUAUGGAGGUUUGUGUGUGACAAUCUGACUCUAUUAGGAUGUUAGCAUCUUUUUUAAUGUUACUCUGUGUGGUUUAAAAUUCAAAACCACGUAAAUUAUUGUUGAACAUUUUUAUAAUAUUCUGGAGAUAUUUAUCUUUUUUUUCCGAUUGUUUUAGUAUUACAGAUCGUGUGCCAAAUUAAUUUUAAUUUCGCUAGGACGAAAGGACAGUAUUAUCCUUUGAAAGUCUAAUUUUUUUUUAGAGUCUUACGGUAGUCAAGAGGAAGGUUUUGUAUUUGCAUGUGUGCCAUUUUUAUAAUUUGUAAAACCCUGAUGUGACGCGAAUAUUUUUUUUAGAUAUUCGUUCUAUUGUUGUAAAUAUUUCAGAUAUUUAUAUAUCUUGACAUCAUAUCUGUUAACGAAAACUGCCGGAAUUGAAUUUGUCAAACUCAAAACUUUAAUUGCGGCAGUUUUUUGAUGUUACUUUUUAAUAAAUUAUAGCAACAGAUUCAUAUCAAUUUGUUUAUCACUUUAUUGAAAGAAAUAUCUGAGUGCCGCUCAUAAUAAUCAUAAUCAAUUUUUUAUCGUUUACUUUUUUGUAUUUGAUUUCUUCGUCGUUAGUAUUUAAUCAGUGUGUCAUUCAUUUGUACAUAGGCCAUCAAUGU